AUGAAGUUCACUUUUAAAUUUCCCCUUUCGACGCUUUUGAAGUACAAACCAGGAAAGUUUAAUUUCCAAUUGGAACAAGAUAUUCGUCAAAAACUAGACUCCUUGCCAUCUGUAACGAGGGUUUACACUAACCCAGACGGCACACCAAGAAUCCCCUCCGAUGAGGAAUUCAAGACUAUAGGGGAAUUGCAAAAUUUAUACUACAAAAGAAAUCACUCCGAAUGGAAGUAUAUAUUACCAGGAGUGUCCAGAGAUCAAUUAAAGUUGUUUGAAGACAAUUCGCAAGAUUUGAACCAUUUCCAAUUUGUCACAAAGGAUGCAGGAAAGAUUAUUGACAAGAUUCCUUACAAGGAUGACCAAACAGGAAGCUUGAAAUGGAAAAUUAUAAGAGAAACACCAAAGGCCGAGGGAUGGGAAAUUCCUUACUUCUACAUCGUAUUGCCCGUUUUCGCAUAUGUGCUUUAUGUCAAAUACACAUCACAGAUGAAGGCUAGGGAGGUCGAGGGUCCUGAUUGGGCAGAGAAAGAAUUGAGAUUGAGAGCUAUGGAAGAAUACUUCCACGGCGACACAGCAAAAGCUAAAGAGUUUUUGAGCAAUGAAAACAAGUCGGCUAAGGAAAUAAGAGAAAGAGACGAUUUGGUGAUUUCCAGAAUCUUGGCUGGUGAUUAUGAUAAAUUGUCACAAUUGAAAAGGAAGUUACCAAAAGAUUUGAUCAAGGUGAAUGAGGACCCUAUCUUCAAAUACUAA